CUAGAAGAAGUCGGCUCUGCUUUUUGGAAUCCCGCUCUAGGUGGUGUACAUGGUCUGCCUCGCGGAGAACUUCAUGUUCGCUGGGAGCGUGACCCGGGAGGGGGUGGCUGUCUUAAUCACACUCUGCAGACGUGCCGACUAGAUGUGCAACAGUGUUUGCAUGUCGAUUUUACUACAGUCCAAAUUGGUUCUCGCCGCCGGCAGUCGAUAUAUAUUGGGCCCCAGGGCCAAGCAAAUUUCAUAUCUUAG